GUCAAAACAGAUUCAAAUUCAUCCCAAAUUCAAAAGUUUUUUAAGAAAAAAUGGAUAAAUACGUGCUAAAAAUAUACCGAACAUAUCAGAACUACUAUUUCCCAUUAUCGAAGAUGAAUCAAGGUUUAUACAAGUUAAAUUUUUUUCACACGGUCAGACAAUGCAGUAUGAUGAAGAACAAGAUGAAAGUUACCGUGGUUGGGGCGGCAGGAAAAACUGGCCAAUCGUUGUGCUUAAUGUUAAAACAAUCGCCUCUUAUCGAUGAGUUAUGCGUGCACGACUUAAGGCCGACGCAAGGUUUUGCCGCCGAGUUAAAUCACGUGGACACAAACUGUAAAGUAACUGCCUUUAGUGGAAAGGAUGCUCUGGGGGCGGCUUUAGAAAACUCCAGGAUAGUAAUAGUUUUAGCAGCUUCAAAAGAUGCAGAGUUACUCACUUUUGAAGACAUGUUCAAACCAAACGCGCCAAUAAUUAAAGAAAUAAUCGCAGUGUUUGCCAAAACUUGUAAUAAGGCUAUGUUGGCCAUAGCAACGAACCCUGUUAACAGUAUGGUGCCGUUGGCUUGUGAACAAUUGAAAAAAUUCGGGGUUUUCAACCCGAGAACAGUUUUUGGAAUUACGUCGCUGGAUGUGGUCAGGGCGAAUACUUUUGCUGCCAAAGUCCAAGGUUACGAACCGGAAUGCGUGCUGGUGCCAGUAAUCGGUGGUCAUAGCGACGAGACCAUCAUACCCGUUUUAUCGCAGUCCAAACCUUGUUACGAAUACACGAACGACGAAGUAGAAAACAUAACGCACAGCGUGAGGAUGGCUCAUAACAACAUUCUAAAGUUGAAACCGAAAGAAAAUGCUCCGCUAUCGAACGCUUUCGCCAUAGCAAGGUUUAUAAUAUCCUUGGUCAAGGGGCUGAAGGGAUAUUUGGAUAUAGUGGAAUGCGCUUACGUUCCCUCCUGCAUCUACCCGCAACUAAAGUAUUUGGCGACGCCGGUGGUGUUGGGUACGAACGGCAUUGCGAAAAAUUUGGGCGUCCCGAAGCUAAACGACUUCGAGAAUUGCCUAUUCAAAAACGCGAUGAACAGUUUGAUAUUGGAUAUAAAAAAGGGGGAAUUGUUUGCGAAUGUGGAAGAUCCCCCAACAUGUGAUCCCUGUGACCCCCAAGUAUCGGCCCCCAAAUGUCCCCCUGACCACUGUGAAUUGCAACACCGAGUUUGUUAAUUUAUCUAUUGUUUCUGACGGUUUAGUAAACAGUUUAC